AUGCAGGGCUUCAACAUGGGACGCUACGUCCCGCCCGACGUCGAAGGAACCACCUCCGCCAACAAGCUGCACAGGAAGCACGCCCUCGGGCAGCGAGCCUCCAAGCUGGCCUCCCACGGCACCCUCACCGUCCGCUUCGAAAUGCCCUUCCCCGUCUGGUGCGCGUCCUGCCCCCAGCCCACCGUCAUCGGCCAGGGCGUCCGGUUCAACGCGGAGAAGAAAAAGGUCGGCAGCUACUACACCACGCCGGUAUGGAGCUUCCGCUUCCGCCACGCCCAGUGCGGCGGCGCCAUCGAGAUGUGCACCGACCCCAAGAACACGGCCUACGUGGUCGUGCAGGGCGCCACCCGGCGCGACGUCGGCGAGGCCGCCCGCGACGGGGACGAGGCGCUGGUCGUCCUGACGGACCGGGAGCGCGAGGCGCUGCGCAGAAACGCCUUUGCCAGCCUGGAGCGGACGAUCGAGGACCGGGAGCGCGCCACGGCGUCGGGGAGGAGGAUCGACGAGCUGGUCGACGCGCAGGCCCGGCUGUGGGAGGACGCCUACGCCAUGAACCAGAAGCUGAGGCGGGCCUUCCGCGUGGGCAGGGAGGAGAGGGAGAGGGAGGCCGCCCGGACGGAGGCGCUCAAGGACCGCAUGGGCUUGGCCGUGGAGCUGCUCCCGGCGACGGAGGAGGAUGCGAGGCGGGCGGCCCUGGUGGACUUUGGGCUCGGCGAGGAGGGCGACGACGAUGACGACGACGACAACAACAACAACGGCGGCGGCGGCGGCGGCGGGAGCGCGGUCAACAAGGCGCUGGCGAGGCCGUUGUUCGGCACGGCCCCUGCCGCCGCGGACGCGCCCCCGAGGCGCAAGGCCGACUUUGCCUCGGCCGUCGUGAGCAACACGCGCGCCGCCCAGGACCCCUUCCUGCAGAGGCGGCCGGGCGCAAAGGCGGCCAAGAUCCCGGGCGUCAAGAGGAAGCGCUCCGACCCGGACCGGGCCGCGGCCGCAGGAGCGCAUCCCCGCAAAGCGCCAGCCUGUUCGCGGGGACACAGCCGCCCAACGGGACUGGUCGAAUACGACUCCGACUGA